CUCAGGUUCAUCUGUCUCCUAAAAGGCUAAAGCCCUGUCCCCAAAACCCGCCUAAGCUCUUCGAGUCUUCGUGCGCUCUUGCUCUCUUCGCCUGCUCCGUCCUUAGUUGCGCACUGUAUACAACUUCAGCCUCGUCAAUCAGAGCCCAGUGUAGUCCAUACAUGCUCUAACUUUCAUCUAUAGGGAUUGACAUUGCCGUGCUUCUUGCGCGCUUCGAAUUAUCCUAUCAGGGCGAGGAGGCUUGCUGGAUGUUACUGAACUCUGAGAGCUAGCUGUUUCUGGCAAUGCAGUAUCUGCUAUAGAUUCUUUCCCACCUUUCAGAAUGUACAUUGACAUGGAGGAUCAAAUUCACCUACUUGAGCAAGAAGCUUACUCCUCUGUCUUGCGUGCUUUCAAAGCCCAGUCUGAUGCUCUUUCUUGGGAGAAAGAGGGCUUGAUAACUGAGCUGAGGAAAGAGUUAAGGGUUUCAGAUGAUGAACACAGAGAGCUUCUUACAAGGGUAAAUGCUGAUGAAAUUAUCCACCGGAUACGGGAGUGGAGACAAACUGGUAGUUACCAACCUUCAAUUCGCAGCAGCUCUCAACCUCUUCAGGACGUUUUGCCCAGUCCAACUGUUUCUGCUUCUCGUAAGAAACAGAAGACAUCCCAAUCGGUUCAGUCAUUACCUGGUUUGUCUUCAGUGAAGUCUGUGCAGUAUCCUGCUGGGGCUGCUGGUGGUAGGCAUUUGGCAAGUCGCAGUUCUUUUAAUGCCCGUCCAUCUAAUGCACCUGCUGAAGCAGCCGCUUCUGAUCCGUUGAUUGGGAAGAAAGUUUGGACUAGAUGGCCUGAAGACAACCAUUUUUACGAGGGUGUCAUAACUGAUUACAACCCUGCGGAGUAUUUUCAGGGCCGUCAUGCAUUGGUUUAUGACAUUAACACACCAAGUGAAACCUGGGAAUGGGUUGAUCUCAAAGAGAUAUCACCUGAGGAUAUACGAUGGGAUGAAGAUCCAGGCAUACUCCAUAGGGGUGGUCCUAUUGGGCAAGGCCAUGGGGUUAGGAAAUCUUUUAGCCGCAGUGUUGAUACUAGGGGUACUGGAAGAGGGAGAGGACACCCGAAGGCUCAGCCCAGAAGAGAAUUUCACCCCCCGCAAAAUGGCAUUGUGAAGAGAGUAUUGGAUGAAUUUGAGUUGCUGAGUACAGAUUUACUGGUUAAAGAGGUGGAGAGGGUUUUUGCUGUGAGCCAACCAGAUCCUAUGGAACUUGAGAAAGCUAAGAAUAUGCUGAAAGAGCAUGAGCAGGCACUUGUUGAUGCUAUUGCGAGGCUUGCAGAUGCAUCUGAUGGUGAAAGUGAUGGAGAACACCCACCAUUGGAUGGGCAGUUAAUGGAGACUGGAUGAGAGGGUAGCCGGAGGGAAACGAGCUUCUUCAAAGGUGUUCCUUUCCAGGCGAGAGUUUAUGUGUAAAGCCAACGUCAAAGCUAAACCUUCUCAAAGAACUCCAGGAAGGUCGGUGUGGCUUGAGUGGGAAAUUUUAAUUAACGAGUGCUCCAGGAAACAUCAGGCAUGCUGCCGAGAGGGGUAUAUUUGGAUGAACCAUUUGAGAUAACCAAAAGUUUACCCGUUUUGUUGUGUGAUUGAUUCUAAGAUCCGAAUCAGUCAUAAGAAAAUAUUAUUUGAAGUAGUAAUUUAUUCUUCCUUUUCGAGCGACAAGAGGUGUAUCGGAA